AAACAAGGAAAAAGCUACAAAUAUCAAUAAAAUUAAAUACAAAUUUAAUAGUGUUAACAAUUCUAUUAGUGGUAAUAACCACACCUUUGAUGUCUGUUCACUUGCUGCCUAAAGGUGUGAAGGAUCUUAGAAAGUUUAAUUUAGCGUUGUUAGGCAAGUGGUGGAGUAGAUUGGCGGAGGGAGAGGAAGGUCUUCUAUAUAGGGUUAUUCGUGAGAAAUAUGGUAGUAGUGGAGGUAAUUGGUUGAAUUGGAUUGAAGAGGGGAACCAGAAGGGGUCCUUAUGGUGGAGGGAUGUAUGUAGAUUAGAUUAUUCGUGCACAAGUAGAGUUGACUGGCUCUUAGAUGGCUUUAAACUAAAGUUGGGAGAGGGUAAUUCUGUUAAAUUCUGGGAGGAUGUCUGGAUUGGGGACGAGUCACUAGCUAAUAAAUUUCCCAGACUCUUUUUGAAUUCUUUAGGCAGAACAAAGAGCAUUUCUCAAAUGGGAUUCUGGAGCAAUGGAAGCUGGAAUUGGUCAUUAGAAUGGAGGAGACCUAACUUCUCCUGGGAGGAACACUCGAUGGCGAAGCUGUGGAGGAUGUUGCAGACUAUCCAACCAAUUAAGGGACAAAAAGAUCGAUGGGAGUGGAGGCAUGAUCAAGUGUGGUCCAAAUGUCUCCAAUGGUGGAGAAUUUCAUCUAUUAGAGCUGACAAUUGCUAUGCAUCUUUUGAACAACAAUUAGCCUCCUUUAAAAAUGUAAACAUCAGGGCAGGUUGGGAUGCAGUCUGGUGUGCAACAAUCUGGUCUAUAUGGAUUGCUAGAAACGAAAGGGCUUUCAGAAACCAUGAGCAAGAUGUCAAUAGGAUUUUUGAGUUGGUGCACCUGCGGACAUUCCAAUGGAUCAAAAACAGAACAGUAGGGUUCUCUUUUAAUCUAUGCAAUUGGAUGUUGGAACCUAUGGAAUGCUUGAAAGAUAAAAGGGGAGAAAACUAUAGUGCUGCAGGACGGGGGCUAGGGGUGGAUCCAUGACAGCCUUAAGGUGAUCCUUAUCUACUGUUCUUAGCUAAAGGAUCAAGUAUUGGCCUCAUGCUUUUCCUCCCUAUUUUGCUAUGUAUUGGUUUGUAGUGUAACGGGUUGGAGUACCCCUUGUACUCCCUUUUAUUACUUAAUAAAUACCUUUUGCUGUG